CAGCUACAUGAAGAUUACAUUUCCAUGUAAACUCUAUUACAUUUCUUAUGAUAACAUUGUCAAUAAAGUGUCAAUAGAGAAAGAAAGUAUUCAAUAUAUAGUUGCUAUAAAAAAAUUUGAAAGCAAUAUUAUUGAAGGAGAAACUUUGAAGGAGAAACAAGAAGAGAUCUGUAUUCACAAGAAGAGAAAGAGAUAUCGGGAGAGAAAAAGAAGAGAGUUUAUGCCAAUCUGCAGUAAUGAGCUCUGAUCAUACGCACAGACGAUGGAGCAAUUUGCGAAAAGUGCUGGAGAGAUCGGGCCCAUUCUGCCGGCCGGAUUUCGAGCCAUCCUCCGAAAAUCUGCAGAUGCUCCUGGAACAUUGCAAAGUGCUCGUUGUCGGCGCCGGUGGUUUGGGAUGUGAGUUACUCAAGAAUCUGGCACUGAUGGGUUUCAGACAUCUCCAUGUAAUCGACAUGGACACGAUUGAAUUGUCUAACCUCAACCGGCAAUUCCUAUUUCGUCAUAAAGAUAUAGGAUCUUACAAGGCUGAGGUAGCUGCAAAGUUUAUCAACGCUAGAGUUCCCGGUUGCAAUGUGAUUGCACACAAUUGUGAGAUACAAGCCAAAAGUGAGUCAUUCUACCAAGAGUUCCACAUGAUUAUCUGUGGAUUGGACUCAAUCGUCGCGAGAAGAUGGCUCAAUGGUAUGCUACUGUCCUUACUUGUUUAUGAAAAUGGCGAAUUAGAUCAGGCCAGCGUUAUACCUUUGAUCGAUGGUGGAACUGAAGGUUUCAAAGGAAACGCUAGAGUUAUAUUACCUGGUUUGAGUCCUUGCAUCGAAUGUACUUUGGAUCUUUAUCCUCCACAAGUCACAUAUCCUUUAUGUACGAUAGCCAAUACUCCACGUUUGCCUGAGCAUUGUAUAGAAUAUGUGAAGGUGAUUCAAUGGCCAAAGGAAAAUCCAUUUGAUUGUGCCAUCGACGGGGAUGAUCCCCAUCAUAUAAAUUGGAUUUACGAGAAGUCAAAUGAGAGAGCAGUACAAUUCGGCAUUCAAGGUUUGACAUACCGUCUUGUACAGGGUGUUGUCAAAAACAUAAUACCAGCAGUAGCAUCAACAAAUGCUGUUAUCGCUGCUGUCUGUGCGACGGAAGCAUUCAAACUCGCAACCAGCUGUAGUGCGUCUUUAAAUAAUUACAUGGUGCUCAACAAUGUGGACGGAGUGUACACAUACACUUACGAGGCAGAAAGAAAGGAUGAUUGUUUAGCAUGUAGUCAAGUACCGCGAGAGAUCGAAAUCAAAGAUUCAAAAUGCAAGUUGCAGAAUUUGAUAGAUCUUCUUUGCGAACGGCCAGAUCUGCAAAUGAAAAGUCCUGCCCUUACGGCUAUUGUGGACGGUAAAUAUAAGACUCUGUACAUGCAAAUAGUACCGAGUAUUGAAGAGAAAACUCGCGAGAAUUUGUCCAAGACUUUGAUCGAAUUAGGUUUAAAAGAUGGCAUCGAAGUAAAUGUUGCCGAUGUUACGACUCCAAAUACUAUUACUUUGAAAUUGAGAUUUUCACAGGAUGAUAGUGUGAGUCAGUAAUUGUUUCGAGAAUUAACUUCUGAAACAUCCCUACUUCCAAUGUUUCAUGUUGUUAAAAUUCAAUUGUGAAACAAAUUGAAACAUAAAGUAAAUUAAGAAUUGCGGGAUCGAAAUUGAUAAAUUAUCAUUGUACGUAAUAUUAUCAGAAUUCGUUAAUUAAUACAUAUAACAUAUGUGACAUUUUAACGGUUCAAUAUUAACCGUACAAAUAUUAACAAGGACAUCUUCUUACUACUAAAUACUUUACCUAAUCUAGAAUCGAUUUUUUAAAUGAAAAUAUUAAAGCACUAAUAAUUUUUUAAUUAACGAUUAUGAGAUUUUUGUAAAUUAAACGAAGGAAAAUAUUGAGACAUAAUGUAAAAAAUUAGAAAGUUAAUAAAUGAUGAUCUUGCUUAAUAUAUUUAAAAAGCAAUACUGAGUUACUGAAAAAUUUGACAUUAUAAGAACAUCUGAUGAUUGUGUUCAUAGCUUCGAGAUAUACUAUAAAAAGAAGAUCCAUCUGUAAGUCAAUGAAGAAAUACAUUUAGUAUUUAAACAAUAAAGAUACUACUUAAAU